AAAAAAAAAGGAAUAUGGCAUGAGUCGUGAAUAUAAGAAUAUUGACAUCAAUAUAAUAAAUUUUGCAUGUAAAGUCUAAAAGCCGGUUGAUUUCGUCCAAGAAAUGAAACAUGAGACUAGAAAGCAUAAUCCUAGAUGUCAAACUUUAAUUAUAGUAAAUAUUUAAGAGAGGAAUUGGUUGAUUUAACAAGAAUCCAAUGGUAACAGGCUAGCAUUUUGCUUAAAGUUUGAAUAUUUCCCCGAGUAGGUCAAGCCGCGUAGAUGCUUCCAUCUCAUUGAGUUCUUAACCAGCAAGUUAUCAAAAACAAGUACCAGCACUGAUUAGUUAGACCCCCUUAUCCUUUGUAAUUUCAGUGGACCAACCUGGGUAUUUGCGAAGAAAUUAUUAACGAAAAUGACAUUUGAAAGAUUCUGAAAAACCAGGUUGUUUCACAUCAGUCCUGGAAACGUUAGAUUUAUACCAAUCCACAGUAAUCCCAAUCAGCCACACGUUGGAUUUGUCUGGGUACACCGUCAACGGUCCAACACAAAUUAGUUUCCAGGAGAUCUUUUCUGUCUCAAAUAUAAACCCAACACCAAACUGUUCUUUUCAUUUUAGCUUGUCAACCAAGAACAACUUAAAAUUGCUGAGAGAAAAAGAGAGAGAAACGAAAUAGGUAACUGAAGGAAGAUAUGAAGCUAGUUUGGUCUCCGGAGACAGCAUCCAAGGCCUAUAUUGAUACCGUUAAAUGUUGUGAACUCUAUCAUGAUUCUGGUGUAGCAGAACUUGUUUCAGCCAUGGCUGCAGGCUGGAACGCGAGAUUCAUCGUGGAGACGUGGUCACAGGGUGGAGCUACCGCAACAAGCAUUGGCCUGGCGGUUGCUAGCAGGCAUACAAAUGGAAGACAUGUAUGCAUAGUCCCCGAUGAACGAUCAAGAUUAGAAUACGUUCAGGCCCUGGAAGAGGCCGGCAUGUCACCAGAAGUCAUUGUUGGAGAACCUGAGGAGGUAAUGAAUGGAUUAAAUGGCAUAGAUUUCAUGGUGGUGGAUAGCCAGCGAAAGGACUUUUCCAGGGUAUUAAGGCUGGCAAAACUCAGUAACAGGGGGGCAGUUCUGGUAUGCAAGAAUGCUAAUCCCAAAAGUGCUUCAAGUUUCAGGUGGAGAAGUGUUAUUGAUGACGGAUCACGGCGGCUUGUUCGUUCUGUGUUUCUCCCGGUAGGGAAGGGCUUGGAUAUUGCACAUGUAGCAACCAGUGGAGGAAAUUCAGGUUCAGGCAAAGGCGAAAGGCGGUGGAUCAGACAUGUUGAUCGACAAUCAGGGGAAGAACAUGUCAUACGAAAGUAGAAUAAUAUACUCUUGCUCCUGUAGAAAAGGAGAAUAAAUUUGCACAAUUGUAUGUAGAAAGAUCUCUUUUCAACUUUUUUGUUCUUGACUCUUGAUAUGUACAGAAAUUUUGAACCUGAAAAUUAUUUGGAAGAACAUUCCAAUCACCUGAUAGAAUCAACUACUAAUGGUUUCAAGGAGGUUUUACACCUUA